AUGGAGCAUCUCUUUGGGGUUUUGCUGGGUUUGAUGCUGGCGGUAGCUUCAUCAGUGCAGAGCAACUCUACCUGUGCGACCAACAAGUGUGCCCAGGGCGCAUCUGGGAACUGCACCUGCACACUGGCAGGUUCAAAUCACAAGGCAGACUGUUCAAUGCUGACUUCAGAAUGCUUGCUGAUGAAGGCAGAGAUGAUCCCCCUGAAGGAGAAGCACUUCUGGGCCCGUCCCUGUGCACUGUUGGAUAAUGACAGCAUUUACAAUCCAGACUGCGAGGACAGUGUUGUCUUCAAAGCCAGGCAGUGCGAUCAAACCAGUAUUUGCUGGGGUGUGAACACUCCUGCAGUAAGAAGAACUGAAAAGGGUGACAAACGCCCGAGUUGCGGUGAAGGGGUUAGAACAAGCUGGAUCUACAUUGAGAUCAAGCACAAAAAAAGGUCCAGUGCCUUUGAUGUUCCCGAUGUAGCAAACGCCCCGAAACAUCCGUCUGAGAGCCAGUGCAAACUGCACCCCAAGUACAUUGCAGCCAUUCAGUAUGAUUCCCCAUUUAUCCAGAUCUGCCUGAACCAGAAUGAGAAAUCUCAGUGUCAUGUAGAUACAGCCGAUGCAGCCUCUUACUUUGGAGAAGAUACAGAAGACAACUCCCUAUUUCAUUCUAACAGCACACUGACUGCCAGUGGAGAUGCUCUGGAUAUUGAAAAACUACGGAUUUACUACAUUGCCAAAAAGCCACCCGAGUUACGCGUGAGACAAAUGAUUGCUGGGGCAGUGGUGAUACUGACUGCUGGCUUUGGCAACGUGCUGGUUAUUCUGAGCUGGCUGUGGGCAAGAGAAUACAAGAAAGCUGAGGUUAAAGAGAUGGGCGAAACAAGAGCACCAAGCUUACAGCUUCCCUGA